AUACUCCGACGUUGCGCCAACAAUGGACAACAGCAGUUCGAGGCCCAAAUCAAUCGAUGAAUUUAUCGAGAAUGCGACUGAACUAGCCCAUUAUUCACUUUCACCUCCUACUCCCAGAACUCCCAAGGUGAACAAGUCGGGAAUAACCCUCGUUCCUCAACCAAGCGAUGAUCCUUGCGAUCCUCUCAACUGGUCUACAGCUAAGAAAGCUACAACAUUGGCAAUAGUGUCUUUGGCAUCAUUUUCCGCCUUAAAUCAAAGCUUGGCCAACGCGGCAGGCUAUUUUGAACAAGGCGAAGUCUACCACAAGACCCCGGUAGAGGUAUCAUACGGCAGCUCAACAGCCCUCGCCGGCUUGGCAGUAGGUCCAUAUGUCUUCAACCCGCUUGCGAAGCGCUAUGGAAAAUGUGCAAUGAUCGCCUGGGGGCUUGUUGUCAACUUGUGCAUGAAUAUCUGGUCCGCCUGUAUGACCAAGUUCACGCAGUACGAUGCAUAUUUGGCUUCAAGAUUCUUCGCAAGUCUUGCAGCUUCAGCGCCAACGACAGUGGGUGCGGAUGUCAUAAUCGAGACAUUCUUUCUCCACGACCGAGGCAAGUGCUUUGCCAUCUACUCUUGCCUUCUCCUCCUUGGAACAACAAGCGGCGCUACCUUCAGUGGCUUCAUAGUCCAGAAUGUUUCGUGGACUGUGCAAUUUUGGUACAACGUCGCCUUCGAGGCUGUUCUCGCGGUGGUCUUGGGCUUUAUUGUUGGCCUAUUCCUCUUCAUCACCUUUGGUUGGGCCGUUGUGGUGACUGUGGAGCUCUCAGUCUACUUGCAAUAUCCUGUCAGCGAGGGAGGAUACGGCUUCACGCCCUAUCAGUAUGCAUAUUUCAGUUUUGCCUUCUGGAUAGGAGUUUUCGUCGCUCAGCUCUACGGUUAUCUUGUCAACGAUCGAUUACCACUUUGGCUCUGCGCCAGGAAAGGGGGUAACUGGAAACCUGAAUACCGUCUAUACGCCCUUUGGUUUCCAGCCCUCUUCAUAUCUCCUCCUGCCUUGGGACUAGUCGGAGCGUCUCUCAAGUAUCACCUCCAUUACAUGGUUCUGGCACUGGGUGUGGUUUUACAAGCAUUCACUGCCGUGGCCGGGACUGGAAUCUGUAUGAGCUAUCUUGUCGAAUGCUUCACAGGGCAGGCGAACGAGGUCGCUGUUGCUCUCACCCUCUGGAGAAUAGGCUUUGGACUGGCGCUCCCCUUCUUCAUUUUUCACUGGUCAGACGAAGUGGGGCCAGGCUGGACAUUCGGCACAAUGGCCUUCCUCAAUAUUGUCGCAUUUGGGGGCACCGUGAUCCUUAUGGUCUGGGGCCAUAAAAUUCGUCAAAUAGGCGUGAUCAGUACAAAAACUGAGGAGGAUGUCAAAGUUGUCAGUGGUGCAGUGGAGGCCGGACAAUAG